AUGGCCCUCAUGAACAGCACCCUAAAUGCCACCAUGAGGGGGGUUGUCUUUGGCGGGGUCCCGUACGAUGUGACCGUCGAGAACCUCCCAGUGCCAACGAUCUCGAGCCAGACGGAUGCCAUCGUCCGAAUCACCACGGCGGGCAUCUGCGGCUCCGACUUACACACCUACCGCGGCCUCAUUGGCGGUGGCGCCGUCCCAUUCACGAUGGGCCACGAGGCCAUUGGCUACGUUGCCGAGGUCGGGAGCGCGGUGUCGUCCCUUUCCGUCGGCGACUACGUCGUCAUCCCGGACACCCCGUCCACUGCCACCCUGGAGAUGGAGCCUACGUUGUACGAGUUCUUCGGCAGCGGUGGCUCUCUCGAUGGCCUACAAGCCGAGUAUGCCCGUGUCCGGUCUGCCGACGCCAACCUCAUCCCCGUGCCUCUUACGCGCAACACUACAUCACCCAGCCUCGAACAAGACUACCUCACCGUCGGCGACAUUUUCUCCACCGCCUGGACGGCCGUCACCUGGUCUGGCUUCCAGCCCGGUGACUCGGUCGCCGUGUUCGGCGCCGGCCCCGUCGGCCUGCUCGCCGCCUACUCCGCCCUGCUCCGCGGCGCGUCCCGCGUGUAUUCCGUCGACCACGUCCCGCAGCGCCUCGAACUCGCCCGCUCCAUCGGCGCCGUGCCCAUCGACUUCCGGGCCUCGGACCCCGUCGCGCAGAUCCUGGCGCGCGAGCCGGGGGGUGUCGCGCGGUCCGUCGACGCCGUGGGCAUGGAGUCGCUGAACGCGGAUCUCGAGAUUGAGGAGGACAUCCUGCUCCGGCAGACGGUGGGCGUCACGCGUACCGGGGGCGGCGUCGGCGUCGUCGGGGUGUACGUCGCCACGCCCGACAGCCCCUCGGGCCCGCGCGGGAGCACCAUCUCGCCCAACGGGACGCUGCCGAUGACCGAGUUCUUCUUCAAGGGGCUGAGCGUGCGCGGCGGGCUCGUCGAUCCGAAGCUGGUGGCGCCGGAACUGGUCCAGCUGAUCGCGAGCGGCAGGGCGCGCCCGAGCUUCAUCACCUCGGCGGUCAUUGGCAUCGAGGAUGCGCCAGAGUACUACCGUCGCUUCAACCGUCAGGAGGAGUCCAAGGUUUUCAUCCGCUUUCCUUAG